GCACACACACACACACUCACACACACAAACACACACACAUAUUCCAACACUCACAUUCCGAUACAGAUCAGUUGCAGGACUGUCGAACACUAAACUCUCUCCUCCUGGGAUAUGAACCCACUCGUCACCAUUUGUCUGCUGUGCAUCGUUGUCUGCAGUGCUUUGGAUGCUCACGGAUCUGAGGACACCUACUCAUCUGAUCUAGCCAGAGUGACGGGUGGUCCAGCCUCCGGGGAGGGCCUCGUGAGUUCGCUCAUCGACGACGAUGAGCUGGAAGUGAACAGGGAGCUUUCAGGAGGAGAGCGGGAACAUUUCAUCCUCCAUGGCCUGCACUCCAACAAAGAUGAGAAGAGGAAGAGGAAAGGCAAAGGCAAAGGCAAGCACAGACCGAAGGACAGAUUCACAACUCCCCUGAACCUCGAGCACACGGUCAUCACCAGAAGGUCCAACUCCACGUUCAGCACCACCCAGGAUCCGUGCACCUCCACCCACCUGGGCUACUGCAUUCACGGACACUGCAAGUACAUGGAGGGCCUGCAGGAGCCAGUGUGUGUAUGCAUGAGGGGUUACGACGGAGAGCGCUGUGGGAUCCAGAUUCUGGGGUCCACGUCUGAUCUGAGCGACAACACCGAGCUGGUGCAGACGGUGUUAGUGGUCAUCGCCGUCGUGCUGUCCGUCAUCAGCUGCUGUGCCGUUCUGCUCAUGACCUGUGCUCAUUACAGGUCACAUAAAAACUUUCUGGCAUCCUAUCUCGGAACUGGAUCAGAGCAGGAGAAGCUUCAGAAACCCAUGGGUGACAUUAUGGUGUGAGGAUGAAUCACAACGAGCCAGCUGCACAAGUUGAGGAUAAAGAAGACGAGGCUGAAGAUCUGAGUCAGGAGGCGGCUUCCCUAGAUGCUAUGUAAAAACCCGUUUCACAGCUUUUUAGGAUUUAAUUUAUUUAGUAUGAUUAUUUAUUGCUAACUGUGUAAGUGUUGGAUUUUCUAUUAUAAUGUCACGUAUAUGUGAAUGCUGAGCAUUCAGUCUUUAUUGUUCUGUAGGUUUGGUUUUUAUUUAUUGCACUAAAUUUGUUACAGGUCAGAAAUAACAAAAAAAAAAACCUUUGUUGUAACUCUGGUAAAGAGAUUUUGAUCACCAAUAAAGUGUCUCAGUGUUACAUGAAA